GUCAGCAUCAAUCAUCGUAAGCAUGGAUAGAGAGCAGAAUAUUGGUUCUAGACGCAAUCUCAACGUCCAGCACGAAGACAACCCCUCGCUCACUUCUUUGUCUCCGUCGGAGCCAACAUCGCGCUCCGAAUCUAGCUAUCAUGCAGAACGAUCUACCACGACUAGCGAACAUGUCGCUAGGGGCCAGGCAGGGACUUCUCUCGACAGGCGGCUGACUGAUGAUGACAUUGUCCGCGUUUUGUCCAAGCGACAAACCUCCAGAUCAGGCUCCGACCCUGUGGGUGCAGAUGAUACAGCUCAGAUUGCGAAACUGGUGUCACGGAUGUUCGGCCACGAGAGGAAGGCCAAUUCAGAAGAAGAGAAGACAAGGCAUCUCGGUGUAAUAUGGAAGAAUCUUACCGUCAAAGGCGUUGGGCUAGGCGCUGCUAUCCAGCCCACGAAUGCAGACAUUUUCCUCGCAUUACCUAGAAUGAUCAAGAACUUCUUCACACGACGCGCGAAGCAUACUAGCUCAGGUACCGCAUUGCGUACUAUUCUAGAUGACUUCACUGGAUGUGUGCGACCCGGGGAAAUGCUUCUUGUUCUGGGUCGCCCCGGAUCUGGAUGUUCGACUUUUUUGAAAGUUAUUGGAAACCAAAGAUCCGGCUAUAGAAGCGUGGAAGGUGAUGUACGGUAUGGGGGCACUGAUUCCAGUACAAUGGCGGAUAAAUAUCGCUCGGAAGUGCUCUAUAAUCCUGAAGAUGACCUGCAUUAUGCUACGCUCACAGUUCGAGAUACCUUGAUGUUCGCCUUGAAAAGCCGGACACCAGGUCAGGAAUCACGACUACCGGGAGAGAGUAGGAAGCAGUAUCAAGAAACCUUUCUGUCUACAAUCGCCAAAUUGUUUUGGAUCGAACAUGCGUUGGGCACAAAGGUUGGAAAUGAGCUGAUACGUGGUAUCUCCGGAGGAGAAAAAAAGCGUGUAUCCAUCGGCGAAGCUUUGGUCACAAAAGCCAGCACGCAAUGUUGGGACAACUCGACCAAGGGCCUAGACGCAAGUACUGCUCUGGAAUAUGUUCAAAGCCUCAGAAGCUCAACGGACAUGUCACAUGCGUCCACACUUGUGGCCCUGUAUCAGGCUUCGGAGAAUCUAUACAAUCUCUUUGACAAAGUGAUGUUGAUUGAGGACGGGAAAUGUGCCUACUACGGACGCACGGAAAAUGCCAAAGCCUACUUUGAGCGGCUAGGAUUCGAGUGCCCCCCUCGGUGGACAACCCCGGAUUUCUUGACUUCAGUCAGUGAUCCUUUUGCCCGACGUGUCAAGCAGGGUUGGGAGGAUCGGAUUCCCCGUUCGGGGGAGGAUUUCCAGAGAGCAUAUCGACGCAGUGGCAUUUUCAAAGCCUCUCAAAAAGAUAUUGAGGAUUUUGAGCGAGAGGUGGAGACCAAUAGGGAAGAACAAGAGCUUGCCCGGGAAAAGCUCAAGAAGAAUUACACAGUAUCGUUUUACAAACAGAUUAUCAUACUGACCCAGCGGCAAUUUCUCAUCAUGUAUGGGGACAAGCAGACACUGAUCGGGAAGUGGGCUAUGCUUACUUUCCAAGCAUUGAUCAUUGGAAGUCUUUUUUACGAUCUGCCUCAGACUAGUGCCGGUGUUUUCACUCGAGGAGGCGUCUUGUUCUUUGUCCUGUUAUUCAAUGCACUUCUUGCCAUGGCUGAACUUACAGCAUUCUUCUCUAGUCGGCCCAUUAUGCUGAAGCACAAGACUUUUUCCUUCUACCGUCCUUCAGCAUUCGCUUUGGCUCAGGUUGUUGUGGAUGUGCCCAUCAUAUUUGUCCAAGUAACUCUCUUUGAGUUGGUGGUAUACUUCAUGUCGAAUCUUCAGAGAACUGCAUCGCAGUUCUUCAUCAACUUCUUGUUCAUAUUCACGCUUACGAUGACGAUGUAUUCCUUGUUCCGAACCAUUGGCGCUUUGACAGGCUCCCUUGAUGUUUCCACCCGUCUCACCGGCGUCGUAAUUCAGAUCUUGGUUGUCUAUACCGGUUAUUUAAUUCCUCCGUGGAAAAUGCAUCCUUGGUUCAAAUGGUUGAUCUGGAUCAAUCCAGUGCAAUAUGCAUUUGAGGCAAUCAUGUCGAAUGAGUUUUACAAUCUCAAUUUGCAAUGCGUUCCACCGUCUAUUGUUCCAGAUGGCCCGACUGCACAGGCAAAUCACCAAGUAUGCGCCAUCCAAGGGAGUACUCCGAACCAGCUCGUCGUCCAAGGUUCCAGGUAUAUAGAAGCGGCUUUUACAUACAGUCGGUCUCAUCUUUGGCGGAACUUUGGGAUCAUCAUUGGUUGGUUCAUUCUGUUUGUUGUCUUGACGAUGAUAGGCAUGGAGUUGCAGAAGCCCAACAAGGGGGGUAGCACGGUUACUAUAUUCAAGCGAGGCGAGGCACCCAAAGCUAUCGAAGAUGCAGUGAAGUACAAGGAGCUCCCAGGCGAUGUUGAGUCGGGCAGCAGCAAUAGCAUCCAGGAAAAGAAGUCCGACGAAUCGGGGAAGCAGGUGCAGGGCAUUGCCAAAAGCACUUCUAUCUUCACGUGGCAAGAUGUGAACUACACAAUACCCUAUAAAGGCGGCCAGAGGAAGCUUCUACAAGAUGUGCAGGGAUAUGUUAAGCCUGGUCGUCUUACAGCUUUGAUGGGUGCAUCUGGAGCGGGAAAGACGACGCUUCUGAAUACUCUAGCACAGCGUGUCAACUUUGGUGUUGUCACUGGUACAUUUCUUGUUGAUGGAAUGCCCCUUCCAAGGAGUUUCCAAAGAGCCACUGGCUUCGCUGAGCAAAUGGACAUCCAUGAACCUACGGCUACUGUGAGAGAAUCACUCCGGUUCUCCGCCCUACUUCGUCAGUCAAGAGAAGUCUCGGUCCAGGAGAAAUACGACUAUUGCGAGAAAAUCAUCGACUUGCUGGAAAUGCGAGAUAUCGCUGGAGCUACAGUUGGUGCUGGUGGCUCGGGGUUGAACCCAGAGCAACGCAAGCGGUUGACGAUUGCCGUUGAGCUAGCUAGCAAGCCACAAUUACUACUUUUCCUGGAUGAGCCGACUUCUGGCUUGGAUUCAUUAGCUGCUUACAAUAUCGUACGCUUCCUUCGACGACUCGCUAAUGCAGGCCAAGCAAUUCUUUGCACGAUUCACCAGCCGUCGGCUGUUUUGUUUGAAGAGUUUGACGAUCUGCUUUUACUGCAAAGCGGAGGGAGGGUUGUUUACAACGACGAGCUGGGUUCGGACUCCAGAAAGCUCAUUGAAUAUUUCGAGAGCAAUGGCGCCAGGAAGUGUGCUCCUCAUGAGAACCCUGCCGAGUACAUGCUGGACGCCAUUGGUGCUGGAAACCCUGAGUACAAAGGACAAGACUGGGGCGAUGUCUGGGCAAAUUCGGCAGAACGCCAGCAGCUUUCAGAAACCAUUGACAGCAUAAUCCGGGAACGUCGUAACAAAGGGGCAGAAGAAAAAACAGAUGACGACCGCGAGUUUGCGAUGCCGGUAUGGGUGCAAAUCAUGGCGACCACGAAGCGGUCUUUCACUGCCUAUUGGCGGACACCUCAAUACACUGCGGGUAAAUUCAUCCUUCAUAUCUUCACUGGACUAUUCAAUACCUUUACUUUCUGGCACCUGGGAGAAAGCUCCAUCGACAUGCAGUCUCGCUUGUUCUCCAUCUUCAUGACCCUCACCAUUUGCCCACCUUUGAUCCAGCAGCUCCAACCCCGGUUCCUCCAUUUCCGCGACCUCUACCAAUCUCGGGAAGCCAGCUCCAAGAUCUAUUCCUGGACAGCUUUCGUGACCAGCGCCAUUCUUCCCGAACUGCCCUAUUCGGUCGUCGCAGGAACGCUCUACUUCAACUGCUGGUACUGGGGCAUUUGGUUCCCACGCGACUCCUUCACCUCCGGCUUCGUCUGGAUGAUGCUGAUGCUUUUCGAGAUCUUUUACAUCGGUUUCGGCCAGUUCAUUGCCGCCUUUGCCCCUAAUGAGCUCUUUGCCUCCCUUCUCGUUCCCACCUUCUUCACCUUCGUCGUCUCAUUCUGCGGUGUUGUCGUCCCUUACAACAGCCUCAUUCACUUCUGGCGCUCCUGGAUGUACUGGCUCACCCCUUUCCACUAUCUCCUCGAGGCCCUCCUAGGCGUGGUCACCCACAACAUCCCUGUGCGCUGCAUCUCCCGUGAAGAAUCCCUGUUCAGUCCGCCCCCAGGCUCGACAUGUCAGGACUACGCGGGUGCGUUUGCCACUCAAUCCGGCGGGUACGUCACUGACGCGGGCAAUGGCUUCUGUGCAUUCUGUCAAUACACUGACGGAGAUGUCUUCGCCGCGAGUUUCAAUGUUUAUUAUUCGCAUAAAUGGAGGGCUUAUGGCAUUUUCUGGGUUUAUGUGAUGUUCAACUUCAUGGCCGUCUUCUUCUUCUCGUGGUUGUAUCUGCAUGGGAUUGGAGAUAUCAAGAAAUGGCUUAGUAAACGGAAGUCGAAGAACGCUCCGCACAAGGAUGAGUGAUUCAGCUCGGCUGGCUAUUGGGAAGAUCAGACUAGAAUGUACGAAAAUGUGGCG